UCCGCUCGGCCGCGCCCGGUGCAGUCGGCUCCGGACGGGACCGCGAGCACCAGCCGCUCCGCGGGCGCCUCGGAUCCCCGCGGACCCCCGUCCAGCCGGCCCGUGCGCCCCAGCGGCAGACGCUGUCAACCUUCCUCCUUGGCUGCAUUCAUCUGCUGCAGCCGUCCAUCACCGACCUCCCGUCCUCUUCCUCCAGGCUGUCCUCUGCCCACACCCUCUCCGCCUGCGCAUCUUCUUUCCGGGCGAGCCCAGCGGGCAGCGCGCAGCCACCAUGUUCAGCUGGAUGAAGCGGGCCGGCGGCCGGGGCCAGCAGCCCGAGGCCAUCCGCACAGUGACCUCGUCCCUCAAGGAGCUGUACCGCUCCAAGCUGCUGCCGCUGGAGGAGCACUACCGCUUCGGGGCGUUCCACUCGCCCGCGCUGGAGGACGCCGACUUCGACGGCAAGCCCAUGGUGCUGGUGGCCGGCCAGUACAGCACGGGCAAGACCAGCUUCAUCCAGUACCUGCUGGAGCAGGAGGUGCCCGGCUCCCGCGUGGGACCCGAGCCCACCACCGACUGCUUCGUGGCUGUCAUGCACGGCGACACGGAAGGCAUAGUGCCUGGCAACGCCCUGGUCGUAGACCCCGACAAGCCCUUCCGAAAACUCAACCCCUUUGGGAACACAUUCCUCAACAGGUUCAUGUGCGCUCAGCUUCCCAACCAGGUCCUGGAGAGCAUCAGCAUCAUCGACACCCCUGGGAUCCUGUCGGGCGCCAAGCAGAGAGUGAGCCGAGGCUAUGACUUCCCUGCCGUCCUGCGCUGGUUCGCGGAGCGCGUGGACCUCAUCAUCCUCCUCUUCGACGCGCACAAGCUGGAAAUCUCUGACGAGUUCUCGGAAGCCAUCGGCGCCCUGCGGGGCCACGAGGACAAGAUCCGCGUGGUGCUCAACAAGGCCGACAUGGUGGAGACGCAGCAGCUGAUGCGCGUCUACGGGGCGCUCAUGUGGGCGCUGGGCAAGGUGGUGGGCACGCCCGAGGUGCUGCGGGUCUACAUUGGCUCCUUCUGGUCCCAGCCCCUCCUGGUGCCCGACAACCGGGCGCUCUUUGAGCUGGAGGAGCAGGACCUGUUCCGAGACAUCCAGGGCCUGCCCCGCCACGCCGCGCUGCGGAAGCUCAACGACCUGGUGAAGCGCGCCCGGCUGGUGCGGGUCCAUGCCUACAUCAUCAGCUACCUGAAGAAGGAGAUGCCAUCUGUGUUUGGGAAGGAGAACAAGAAGAAGCAGCUCAUCCUCAAGCUGCCCGUCAUCUUUGCCAAGAUUCAGCUGGAGCAUCACAUCUCCCCUGGCGACUUCCCGGACUGCCAGAAGAUGCAGGAGCUGCUGAUGGCUCACGAUUUCACCAAGUUCCACUCCCUGAAGCCGAAGCUGCUGGAGGCGCUGGACGAGAUGUUGACGCGGGACAUCGCCAAGCUGAUGCCCCUGCUGCGGCAGGAGGAGCUGGAGAGCACCGACGUGGGCGUGCAGGGAGGCGCCUUCGAGGGCACCCACAUGGGCCCCUUUGUGGAGCGCGGGCCGGACGAGGUGCUGGAGGACGGCCAGGAGGGCUCCGACGAGGAGGCCGAGUGGGUGGUGACCAAGGACAAGUCCAAGUACGACGAGAUCUUCUACAACCUGGCGCCUGCCGACGGCAAGCUCAGCGGCACCAAGGCCAAGACCUGGAUGGUGGGCACCAAGCUGCCCAACUCCGUGCUCGGCCGCAUCUGGAAGCUCAGCGACGUGGACCGCGACGGCAUGCUGGACGACGAGGAGUUCGCGCUGGCCAGCCACCUCAUCGAGGCCAAGCUCGAGGGCCACGGGCUGCCCGCCCACCUCCCCCGACGCCUAGUCCCGCCCUCCAAGCGGCGCCAGAAAGGUUCCGCCGAGUGAGCGGUGGCUGCGCGCACCCCGCCCCGCCCCGGACUGCGGGGGGCAGGUGCCUCCUCCGCCCUGCCAGGGGGUGCAGCUUUCCCCUCACCUCCACGCAGGCUCAUCGCCCCACCCCACACCACCAGCUGGUCCUCGCGCUCCGGUAUUUAUUAGGCGCCUGCUGUCUGCAGGGGGCCCCAUCCCGGGUGAGAGGCUUAUGUGUCGCCCCCCUCCGGGGCUGCGGGCGUGGGGGUGGUGCCUACCCCCCCAUCUGAGCCCUGACUCUGACUCUGGAGGGACCCCCAGCCUUGCUCAUGUCCUUGGUCUGGCCCCACGAGGGGGUGGGCACAGAGAGGGAAAGGCCACUUCCUGCUUUGGCAGCUGGACCCCCCUGGAGCACCCCCUCCCCUUCCACUCUGCUCACACCCCUUCAUUUUUGCUGCUUCCAGAUGGUCCACUCCGGGCUUCUACUCCCUGGGCUCCAUGCCUCCCGCAGCUGGUGACCUCCGCUCUCAGGGGUCCAUACUUUAGGGGUCCCUACUAGAUCUGAAGGCCACAGGGCUGCCUCUUAAGGUCCUUUACAGGGACAUGCUGUGGGGAGGGGUUCCUGGUGCUAUAGCCCUCCCUGGACCUGCACCCCGUGUCCUGCCUUCACCUGGAUGGAGGGGCAGAGGGGGAGCAGGGGGGGAACCAUGCCCCUCCGGGUUGCUCGUGGGGACUUCCUGUCCCUGAGCACCUCCAUUCCAUGCCUGGGGGGGCCCUGGGGAACCCCAAAGUGCCUUCAGCACACAGCGAAUAAAGCAAGGC